AUGGCUCUGGAUGAAGGAAAUACGGAGAUUAUGCAUAUGCAACAAGACCAACCUCCCAAAGUUGGCCUUACCAUAGAUCCGGCUCAAGAUUUCUGUCCUCCGGAUAUGGUACCAAUUCAUCCGCCCCCGGAAUCUACUGAUAUUCUAUCCGUUCAAGUGCCGCCCGGUACUGUGUUCUCAUCCAAGGGAGUUGAUGUCUUCAGGCGAUCAUCCACACCGUUAGAUGUAACCUUCACCGUGAAAGCAAGGGAGGCUGCCGUUCUUAUACUUCAGAAUGGUGGGCUGCGUGAAGAUCUCAUUUCGACGGUCAGCAUUCGUGACUAUGUCCAAAAGCAUGCUUUAAAAUGGUACAUGUUCGUGAAUCAAUUUGGACCUGGAAAUAUCAUAUGCCCGAACGGAAGUCUUUAUCUUGUUACGGGUUGCGAUAAAGCUAACAGCUGGGCAUCAGCAUGCUAUCCAUUGGAUUAUAAACAAGUUGGUCGAGUAGCAGCAAUUUGUCGUUUCCAGGAAUCCAUGAGCAAUCCUUGGGAAGAUUCAAUAAACAUGGAAUGCAGAAUCGCCAUCAAUGUAUCCCAGUGGGCAGAGCAUUUGCUUCGAAAUCGACCCCCGGAGUAUAUUUCAUUCUACAACGUUCUGAUUAUUCCUGUAGUUGGGAUACCAGCGCGGUUUCAAAGCUUUUUAGAAAAGCGACUAAAACACCCCGAGAGUUAUACGUCCGAGCCUACAGAAUUGUUAUUCCAUCCAUUAGAAAUUAUACUGCGAUUUCUCAUAGAGGAGUUCCCCCAAUCUGAUGUGGCGAUCAUAGAAGACUAUCUGUGGACUUCUGUUACUAACCCUGAGGCAAGAACACGACUUUUAUUGUCCAUUGUGUAUCUGUCAUUGACUCUGAUAAAGGCCGACAGCGACACAAUUUCUAUUUCACGUCUUCUGAUUAAAAUCUUGGAGUUGAAUGUUGUGGCUAGUCAGAAUGGAUGGGUGACUUUGGCCCCUCCUCCAGCAGAAACCUCAAAGAAAACAUCCUCAAGAAGUAUAUUUCUGGCAAUACCCACCCUCAUACAAAACAAAUAUCUUCGAUACCAAAAAAGGAGAUGUAUUGCCCGCAAAAUCUCCCGUAUCUUUCCAGGACCGCCUAUCCCCGUAGAACAGCUGCAGAACAAACCGUAA